UAGGUCCGAGGUGCUUUCUCCUAGAGCAAAAGCACAAUUCCUACCCUUGGCACUAGCCCGGGAGCGUGGCUGGUUCCCGCAGCUGCCUCCGGGGGGCAUCUGGGCCCAGGGUCGCCGGCUCUCCCGGCCCGCUUUAAGCCAGGAUUUGGGGGGCGCAGAAAGGGGCGCGCACGCAGAAAGUGAGGCAGACGCGCGGCGCUGGGCUGAAGCUGGAGGGCUGGAGCUGGAGGGCUGGACUGGGCAAGGAGGCGGGAGGGGACAGCCCAAACUCACUCGGGCCUCACUCCCAGUGAUAACCUGCAGCUAUGGAGUCGCCCACCAAGGAGAUUGAAGAAUUUGAGAGCAACUCUCUGAAAUACCUGCAACCCGAACAGAUCGAGAAAAUCUGGCUUCGGCUCCGAGGGCUGAGGAAAUAUAAGAAAACGUCCCAGAGGUUACGAUCUUUGGUCAAACAAUUAGAGAGAGGGGAGGCUUCAGUGGUAGAUCUCAAGAAGAAUUUGGAAUAUGCAGCCUCCGUGCUUGAAUCUGUGUACAUUGAUGAAACCAGGCGACUCCUGGAUACAGAAGAUGAGCUCAGUGACAUUCAGUCCGAUGCAGUGCCUUCUGAGGUCCGAGACUGGCUGGCCUCCACCUUCACGCGGCAGAUGGGGAUGAUGCUCAGAAGAAGCGAGGAGAAGCCGCGGUUCAAGAGCAUCGUCCAUGCUGUACAGGCUGGGAUAUUUGUGGAGAGAAUGUAUAGACGGACAUCAAACAUGGUGGGACUGAGCUAUCCACCAGCUGUUAUUGAAGCAUUAAAGGAUGUGGACAAGUGGUCCUUUGAUGUUUUUUCCCUCAAUGAAGCCAGUGGGGACCAUGCACUGAAAUUCAUUUUCUAUGAGUUACUCACUCGCUAUGAUCUGAUCAGCCGUUUCAAGAUCCCCAUUUCUGCACUUGUCUCAUUUGUGGAGGCCCUGGAAGUGGGAUACAGCAAGCACAAAAAUCCUUACCACAAUUUGAUGCAUGCUGCUGAUGUCACACAGACUGUGCAUUACCUUCUCUAUAAGACAGGAGUAGCAAACUGGCUGACGGAGCUGGAGAUCUUUGCUAUAAUCUUCUCAGCUGCCAUCCAUGACUACGAGCACACCGGAACCACCAACAAUUUCCACAUUCAGACCCGGUCUGACCCAGCAAUUCUGUACAAUGAUAGGUCUGUUUUAGAAAAUCACCAUUUAAGUGCAGCCUAUCGCCUUCUGCAGGAGGAUGAGGAAAUGAAUAUUUUGAUCAACCUCUCAAAGGAUGACUGGAGGGAAUUUCGGACCUUGGUAAUUGAGAUGGUGAUGGCCACAGAUAUGUCCUGUCAUUUUCAGCAAAUCAAAGCAAUGAAGACUGCUCUUCAACAGCCAGAAGCAAUUGAAAAGCCAAAAGCAUUAUCCUUGAUGUUGCACACGGCAGACAUCAGCCAUCCAGCAAAAGCAUGGGAGCUCCACCAUCGCUGGACCAUGUCGCUCCUGGAGGAGUUCUUCAGACAGGGCGAUAGAGAAGCAGAGCUGGGUCUGCCUUUUUCUCCUUUGUGUGAUCGGAAGUCCACCAUGGUUGCCCAGUCGCAAGUAGGUUUCAUUGAUUUCAUUGUGGAGCCCACCUUCACUGUGCUCACAGACAUGACCGAAAAGAUCGUGAGUCCACUGAUUGAUGAGCCCUCUCAAACUGGGGGCACUGGGCAGAGGCGUUCAAGUUUGAACAACAUCAGUUCAACAGAUGCAAAGCGAUCAGGUGUCAAGAGCUCUGGUUCAGAAGGAAGUGCCCCAAUCAACAACCCUGUCAUCCCUGUUGACUAUAAGAGUUUCAAAGCCACUUGGACUGAGGUGGUGCACAUUAACCGGGAGAGAUGGAGGGCCAAGGUGCCCAAAGAGGAGAAAGCCAAGAAGGAAGCGGAAGAAAAGGCUCGCCUGGCUGCAGAGGAGAAGCAAAAGGAAAUGCAAGCCAAAAGCCAAGCUGAAGAAGGCGCAUCUGGCAAAGCUGAGAAAAAGACAUCUGGGGAAGCUAAGAAUCAAGUCGACGGAACCCGAACAAAUAAAAGCAACAACCCUCAUGGGAAAAAUUCCAAAACUGAGAAGUCAUCAGGAGAAAAGCAGCAGAAUGGUGACUUGAAAGAUGGUAAAAAUAAGACAGGCAAGAAGGAUCAAUCCGACGUCGGAAAUGAUUCAAAGAAAACAGAUGAUUCAGAAGAGUAAAACACACCUCAUAGACAAUAAGAGAGGCUGCCAAUGUCUUGCAUCAUUUUAGCUGAGCUUCUUCAUUCUCUUCUCCUUCCACAAAGACCCAUAUAUGGGGAAGUUGUACAACUUUCAGAAACAAGUCCCCCCGCACUUGGCCUUCUCUCAUGCCAUCUCCUUCUAGGAGAUGACUUCCUGGGAGCCGGUUUGAGGUCUUAGAACUCUGGGGGAACACCCCUUCCCCUGCACAGCCCAAGCAAACAACACAAUUCUGAUUUUUGUACACACAGAAACAUGAAGGGACUUCCUCGAAAUUCUUUGCUAACGCCCUGGCUUUCAAGGCGCCUGUCUGGCCUGGUGGGAGUGGACAUCCUGGAAAUGCUGAGAGAGGCCUGAGAAAGCCACACACACAGGAAUUGCCACUGUAUUUCUUUAUAUAUUGUUAUUUUUGCACUGGUUACUGAUGGUGGAUGUAGCCAAGCUGGCCUUCAUCACAGAGAAAACUAUAAUUUCAUUCUCUGGUUGCUCAUUUUCUGAGUCAGAGGCAUCCUUUUUUCUCAUUUCCUUUCAGACUUAGAAAUUGUUCUCAUGCUUUUCUUUCCAUUUGUGUAAUUUGAAAUUCUUUUUGUUUUAUAAAGAAGGAGAUUUUCUUUAUUCGAUGCUUAAUUUACAUGUGUAUUCAUUAAUAUAAACCUGAAUGUUUCAGCUCAUGACCAUAUUGUUCAGGUAGUAAACUCAGUGUUUUCACUGGGUAUCAUAACUAUGUGGUUACUGAAAUUUUUACCACGGGCUGGUUCUCUUCUUUUGAAUAUCUGUGAUUUGAUUUCAUCACUCUUCUUUCUAUUCAGGGAAGCACUAAGGGAAUUAGUAUCAGGGAGAUAUGUUCAAUAAUUUUUUUUUUCAUUCUAGUGAGCCUUUAGAAAUACAAGAUAGGAGAUGAUUAAUAGCACAAAUCAAAAAUAAGGAUAGUAGAUGUAGCCCUGAAAGAGAAUAAAGAUACAGCCCCCUGAAACCAAGUCACACAUGAGAUCCAGUGGAGUGCAAAUCAAGUAAUUUUGUGGAUUUAAAUGGUGUGAUGUGGAUGAAACUGAUCCUUACGGUGUGGUUGUAGUUCACAAAGGAAUCUUUGAGGCCUUCCUAAGGAGAAAUCACAUGAAUAUGCUGGUGAUGGAGGAGGAUCAGAGAGGAACAGAGAGAACUAGAUGAUAGGCUGAAGUAUAUUCCUCUUUGCAAAUUUAAUUUCCACAUUAAAAAAGCACAAAGACACGCAAAAUUCCUCUCAAUAUGAAGGCAAAAUGCUGGUGUUCAGACAGACAGAAAGAGACUGCACAUAUAGUCUACAAGGCCUUUUGUCUCACUGAAAUGUUCCCCAACAGAAAGGUUUGGAGAACCCUGUGGUACAGAAUACAGUGGUGUACAGAUAUUCGAGCAGGGUUCUUGGGUCAGAUUUACAUUUUGCUUGGUAAGAACACAGGUUUUUCUGUUGCUCCUCCUCUUUUCCUAACAGUGACCACAGUAAAUCAAGUGAUUACACAUUCAAAUCAGAAGCCUGGCCGGUCAGGUAAAUGAGUGAAACAAGCCAUAAUAUCAGAGUGAUUGUGAUAAAUGGCAGUCAGUCAGGGGCCUCGGUAUCAGAGAGGCAGUGGGGGCUGUGAGGAAUGGGGAGGGUGUGCGCUGCCCCACCGGGGCAGUGGCUGGCAGCUGAGAGAUUAAGUAAGAAUAAGGGGCCAAAAUAGCUAAGAUUUUCUAUAAACCCUCUCCAGAUUUUUUUAGUAUUGGCAACUAAUUCGGAAAUAUAUAAACACUGUGCUAGCCAAAGAAAACAUGCCUAUGAACUCCAGUGCACGGGACAUUGAUUUGCAAACUGCUGUUUGAGAUGGUUUUAGACAGGCAUGAAAUACAACCAGUGCAAGCCAGUUCUUGACCUUGGAACUUGAACCUCUGACCUCAUUUCAAUUCUGUAUUUUUCUACAUACAGCUUUGCAGCCAGUCAAAAUACAAUGCCUACAGCUUCCCUUUUAUACUCUAACACACAAGACUAAACAAUAUUUGAAAAUGAAAUAGGAAUAUAGCCAUUUUUUUCUAGCACCAAUAAAGGCAGAAAUGUUUUUCAUUUGCUUUAAGUCAUUAAUUUAGCUGGAAAAAAGCGGGAAGAGAAUUUUAUUCAAGAUAUCACUCUGCUUGGAACUCUCAGUGUGAUAAAAAAAUUAGCUCCAUGUAACUUAUUUUUAAAUCCUUGAACAGUGUUUUGAAGGGACGUUGAGUAAAAAAGCAAAAUUAUCUGUUUUUAUAAUUUAAAAAUGUGUUACUGUGCUAUAAAUUGAUACUGGAGCUGGUAAGCCAACAGUGUUGCCUGUAUCACCAGUAUUUCCAGAGUUCUAGCUUACUGUCUGUGGUCUUUUCCCUUCUUUUGACACAGACAGCUUCCUCCAAGUUGAGCAGCAAUGUGGGAUGCACAUUUCUCCAUUGCAUGGAUUAUGACAUCUUACUCUGUUGUCACAUAAAAAGCAAAGACUUACACACCUGAGUUCACAAUUAAUUGGUAUGUGGGGAGAGUACUAGGGACAUUCCAACCAGUGACAAACCACCAGUUCUAUGUGCUCCUGGGUGGAAAGUGACAUGUAGCCCCUGAGUUAGCCCCUGAAGUUUGGGUCCCCAUGUCACCAAAUAGCUUUACAGCCACAUUUUGCUGAUGUGGUACGUUUUGGUGCCAUAAUGACCCAUCCAUAGGCAGGACUUUGUUCCAGCUUUUAUUCACACCAACCUUUCUAAAGCCCUAGUUGCUUAUGGCAGCAGGCAAGAGAUUCAUUUCUAACCCAUUAAAUUCAAGUGGAUUUUCUUCCUUUGUCCAUUUCAUUCCUGGAGCUUUGAAAAACCAUUAAAGCUUUUGGACAGGUUCACAUUAAGGACCUGAUAUGCUUAAACAAUAAAAUGAUAUCAAGAGCCAAAAAACAAUGCAGUGCAGUGAUUCAUUCCAUUUUCUGAGUUAAAACCAUUACAUUAUAUUCUCCACCUGAAAUGAUGCCUCUAGUAAGUAUGAAAAAUAAAAAGUAGAGAGCAAUAUUAUCACAGAAUGUGAGGCAGAGAGCAGGUAAAACUAUGGAGACCAAUCCAUAUUUUAGGAGUAAGCAUAUUGGUUUUUUAAUAUCACUUCUGUCAUGGAUCACUUUUCAUUAGAUAGAUAAAUAGGAAGAAUAUGUAAUAUAUUUUCUUCUAUUCUUAACUUCUGAGCAGAGACUUUCAUGAUAGAAAUGAUUUCAUAACAUUCCCCAUGGAGUAAAGAGGAAAAGAAAAGAAAAAAAGGCCCCAAAUCUUCUCUCAUAAGGAGAGAAGAUUCUGAGAUUAAACCCUAUGUAUGUAGUAGUAUCCUCCCAAAAAAGGGGGUUUCAGGGAGUAAACUUCAUUCUGAUUCCGCGAUCCCCACACAUCCCGACAGGAGUUGCAGCACUUGCCCAGCGCAGUGCCUGGCACACAGGCAGCCUUCAGGAAACACGUGCCGAACUGUCCAGCUGAAUUCCACUAGCUACCUGUGAGUGCGAACAAAGUUCACAUUUGCCUGAAAAUUCAUUCAGCGUUUUCUAGAUGUCAGGCACAUUGCUAAAGGCUUAUCUUCUUACCCUAGUGACACAACUUCUUAUAAGGGACUGGAAAUUCAAAGUAGUCCAGGGAAAAUUAUCAGAGCCAAAUUUAUGGAAAACAAACAAACCAACCAACAACUAAAACUUCUUUAUGGUCUUUGGGUUUAAGAAAAGCAAACAAGUGAAAAAUCUAAAAGCAAGCCAAAACAGGAUUAUAUGAAAAUGCUCUUCCUAAAGGGAUAAUGACACCAUUACCGGUGGGUUUAUUUAUAAUCCAAGUUGUAACAUUUGAAAUACAAAAUAGGCUUUCUUGAAGUGAGUAGAAGGUUGUAUAUGUGCAAUGUGGGGAAUCAGUGCUUUGCCAAUAUUAUGGUCGCCAUAGUACUGAGCCACAGCAAAACUGGAUGUUAAAUAAUGUUGCAAUAAUGAUAUUAUAUUGGAUCCUCUGUAUGAAUAGUGGAAAGCAAUAUUUGUAAUUCAUUGACAGUGAUCCACAAUUAAGCAGCCCACUCCAGUAUUCUUGCCUGGAAAAUCCCAUGGACCGUGGAGCCUGGUAGGCUACUGUCCAUGGGGUCGCAAAGAGUCGGACACGACUGAGCGACUUCACUUCACUUUAUCAUUUAAGAAAAUGAACUUAAUGAAAAAAUUGUAAUGAACAGCACUGUCUUUGUAUAAAAUAUCCCUCCGAGAACCAAAAGACACACUACCCGCCAAGACCAGAUUUCACUUGUUAAGGUUUUCCUCGCAUCAAGAGUGCUGGUGGGCACAGAGAUGACAGUAGAGUUAGAAUUGGUAAACAAGCCUAUAGAACCUUAGACAGGGUGUAUCUAAUAAGUGAAUUUGGGUUCAGGGAGGUUUAGAAAAAUGAGAAGAAUUCCUCUGCAUGUUUUUAUUGGACAUCUGCAAAAGACUCGGUGCUCCUCUAGGAGACCUACAGCCAAUAAAAAUUGUUUCAUCAAAAAAAAAAAUAGCUUGUUCACAUUGAACAAUUUCAGUCUGGGUGCAGUGGGAAACCCAGACUGAAAGAUUCAUGAACGUCAAUUUAAACAAUUCCUGAUUAUUUUAAUUAAUGCUCCUCCACCUCAUCCAUUUUUUUUUCUUUAAAAUAUUGGCAGACAUAUUUGAAAUGAGUUGACAUUUAUUCUGGCUUCUGUUCUCAAGCAGAAGACAGUGGCUGACUUAACUUGAACCCAGCCUAGGUAGAUAUCCACUGAACCAGGAGAAGCAGGGGGUGGAGUGUGGGCCCUUCCCUUCACUCAGGGUCUCUGUUGCAGAGAUCUCACAGUCUCGGAAUAAAAUGCUGGCUGCGGUAAGCCAGUCAGUGCCAUUUUGGAGGUGGUCAGCUCUGGUCAGCUUCAGUCAUGUUUCCUGAACCACACCUGUGUAUCUUCAUGGGAGCUGGCUUCUGAACUGACAGAAACCCAUUGGCUAUGGAAUAACUUUUAAAUAGAUUGCCCUGGAGUCAUAUUCUUUGCUUCUCUGUGGUGAUCUAUCUUGAAGUAGGUAUUUGUGUGCUACUGUCCUUGUCUUUGAAUGGGUAUAUGUGUGAUGGUACAGAAUAUAGUCAUAUACCAUUAUACAUAGAUUUAUGGUAAAAAAAAAUCUACAGUCAUAGGUAUUGUCCAGUAACUGAUUCUAGAGAUAGAACUGUACACGUUUUCCUUUUUUUUUCUUGCUUUGAUGAUAUUUUUAUACAAUUUUAUAUGCUGUAACAAUUUUUAAAAAAUAAUUCCUGUUUUCAUUUGUAGAGCUCAAUUAGGUUUUUAUCAACUCUGGUGCCCACUGUACAGCCAGAUUCCUCCCUGUAUCUUUUUCAUACCCUUUCUUUCACCUUUCCCUAUUUUCUUCUCUUAUUUUUCUACCUUUUGCAAAUCCCUUCUUUUGCCUCUGCCGAGGCAAGCCAUUCUGCUUGCAGCAUCUUUUUAGCACAUAGAAACACAAAAUAAGGAAAAAACAAGAUGAUCUUGUUCCAUUGUAAUCCACAUGAGGACAUACUGUGGGCCAGGGAUGAGGUUAGGGCAGAUGGGGAAGAGGGAAUAGUUUAGGGAAAGGAAGCAGGAAAAAGGAAAUCCUCAUCGGAGAUCAAUUACCCAAAGCAAGGUGACUCACUUUGAGCUAAUAUAAAGUGGCUCAGCGAUAAAGACUCCUACAGUGCAGGAAAUGCAAGUUCCACCUCUGGGUCAGGAAGAUUCCCCUGGAGAAGGGAAUAGCAACCCACUCCAGCAAUCUUGCCUGGAAAAUCCCAUGGACAGAGGAGCCUGAGCGACUAAACAAGGCAACUUUUACCAUCUCCCCUCAGUCUAGGGCACAAUUUUUGUGCGGAGUUUUUCUCUUUAGGAUGUUAUGUCCUCACCAUGGGUCUGUAGACCUUGUUUUUCAUUAAGGCACUGACCAUGUAUGAAUGGAUAACUCAGCUCAUCUUCAUCAGUCUGAGAUUUUGCUACUGUUUGGCUGGAUUUGGGGGGAGUUGUCUGGAUUAAAAUCAGGAAUGUUUAAUAAGACUCAAAAGAAGGAGGCAAGCAGAAUCAAAAUCUUGAACCUCAAUCCAAAUCAUGCUGAAAAAGUAGUUCUUUGUAGGAAUAAGGAAGGCAUUUCUAGAUAUGUUCUGAGAAAGUUCUUCCAAAAGUGAGGAUGAUGAAAUGGACUUCGUGUUUUAUGGCAAUGAUAGAAUGUACUUCUGUGAUAUGAAAUAUGUUUCUAGCAGAUAAAAUGCAGGUUGAAAUUUGCAAGAGAAUGACCAUCCAUUCUAAAGAGUGUUUUGUUCCUCAUGAUGCUAAUUUGUACUAAAAGAAACUAUUGAAAUGCCAUAGCAUUACUUCUCUAAAUGCAAAGAUAAGUCACAAGGAUUCAUGUAAAACAGAAUAUGCUAAACUGCUCUCAAUAAAUUAUGUGUUUAUUGUAAAUCUUUAUUGCACAGAUGAAGGCUGACAGUCCCUCAAUGUAUAAUUUUCCCCCAGCAUCUAGUGAUGAAUAAGUACUUGUAUGUUCUGAUUACCAAAUAAAAACAAUGAGUUAACCUCUC